AUGAGCCAGUACUAUGGUGGCCUCGGACCCAUGACCAACGCGGUCCUCUGGGUUGAGGUUGUCGUCUUCUUCGUCUUUGUCGCCUUGAGAAUCUACACCCGCAAAGUCAUCUUGAACUCUGUCGGUCCGGAUGACUACCUGGUUCUUCUCGCUCUGGUCCUUCAAAUCAUCUACACUGCCCUCGUCCAUGUGGCAUCAAACUACGGCCUCGGCCGGCUCUUUGCCGAUGUUGGGGAUAUGGAGGUCUACUUCACGGCCGUCAAGUGGGAGGUGUUUAGCCAGGUCGCCGGCAUCUUGGUCAUUGGCGUUGGAAAGUGCGCUGUGGGCAUCUUCCUUCUGCGCAUCGUCCGCAGCAAGAUCCAGAUCGGUUUCAUCUGGGCCUUCAUCGCCGGGACCGUAUUCAUCACGCUCUUUGCCGCCAUCACCGUCGUCGCCCGUUGCACGCCCGUCGAGAAGUCCUGGAACGACAACGUCCCCGGCCACUGCGCAUUCAACUUCUCCCCGAUCGGCAUGACGGUUGGCUGCUGGUUCGUCAUCGCCGACUUUGCCUUCGCUAUCCUUCCUUGGUUCGUCGUCUGGGGUCUCAACAUGAAGCGCAAGGAGAAGAUCACGGUCGCCUGCGGCCUGAGCCUCGGUGUGUUCGCCGGCGUCUGCGGUAUCGUUCGAACAGUCGCCCUCAACGGGCUCAACGCGCAAGAGUACAUCUACGACACAGUCCCCAUGCUUAUCUGGUCCGCCACCGAGAGCACCGUCACCAUCAUGUGCUCCUCGAUCCCCGUCCUGCGGCCCCUGUACGUGCGCUUCCGCUACGGCAGCAAGGGCGACAGCUCCUCGGGCGGCGGCGGCGGCAACGGCUCCUACAAGCUGCCCAUGUACGGCAACAACAGCGUCGCGCACAACAAGUACGGCCUCGGCUCGACGGCCGCCGCCGAGGCGGGCGUCAAGGCCGGGCCGACGCACCACGCCCACGCCGUCGCCACGUACUCGGGCGACAACGCCAGCGACGAGAGCAUCCUGCGCGACGCCAAGGCCCAGGGCAUCAUCGGCGGGGGCAUCAGGAGGACGGACGAGGUCUCUAUCAGCUACGGGGCUUAUGCCAAAUAA